AUGCCAAUAAGUGUCCUAAAUCUUGGAGAAGGAACCAGAAUACGGAUAGGAGUAGGGAGCCCUACAUCGACCAGGGUCUUGUUCUGGAAUUCCAACGAGUGCGGCAAAGCUAAGAUGACUCCCAUCAGAAAUGUGAGCUAUGUUCCCGGUCUUAGAUAUAGCCUGAUUUCAUGUGUCGAACUUGGUCGAAAAGGUCUGCGGACAACGCUUGAGAAUGAGGAGAGGUGCGAGAUAAUUAACCGAGAAACUGGUGACGUCAUCGCUGUAGCAGAAUCUUCUGAAAAUGGCCUGUUCAAGCUUCGCUGUGCCGAGAACUCAAAGAUAUCCAACGUUACUGCUUCAACUGAUGGGGCUUUUCUGUUAUGGCCCAAGCGACUCGGCCAUUUGAGUUCAGGUGGAAUGGCACGCCUUUUAGAUCUUGCGACCUGA